AGCAGCGACUGUCAGGAGAUAGCUGGGUGGCAGGCACAGGGGGGAAAGGGGCUUUUCUCUGUGGGCCACCUGGAAAAAGCCAUGUAAGAUCCCUGGCUUCUCAAGACUUAAAAAAUAAUAAGAAUAAUUCGAUUUAUGUCCAAAAUUUGUAACUCUGCGUAACUCAUUCUGGAGGAUAACUGGCUGAAAUCGACGAAUCCUAAGAAGACGACACUGGAGUGAAAGAGGAUUUAAAAGUAAAUAAAAGCAAAAUAUCUAAGUUUGAAGUGCGCCCCGGAGCUUCAUGGACACGCUCAGAAAUCCCCAAACCACCUGCAGAAGACGAAACCCCCACAAGUUGAGCACCAAGGAUAUCUCCAAUCAGUUUUGAUGUCAGGUGAAGGUGAAGUGAGACUGACGGAGGUUUUAUCUUUAGCCAGGUAACGGACUAACACAGCUUUUACUUUCUGAUCGGGUGCGGUUGUUGGGGCUGAGGCAUGAGUGGAGGUCGCUUUGAGUUUGACGACGGCGGAGCUUAUUGCGGAGGCUGGGAGGGAGGCAAAGCCCACGGCCAUGGCAUCUGCACCGGACCCAAAGGCCAGGGCGAGUUCUCCGGCUCCUGGAACUACGGUUUCGAGGUGGUGGGAGUCUACACCUGGCCCAGCGGGAACACCUACGAGGGGUACUGGUCGCAGGGGAAGCGUCACGGUCUGGGAGUAGAAACCAAAGGACACUGGAUUUACAAAGGGGAAUGGACUCAUGGCUUCAAAGGCAGAUACGGGAUUCGGAUCAGUGCUGGCAGUGGAGCAAAGUAUGAAGGGACGUGGAAUAAUGGGCUUCAGGAUGGAUAUGGAACAGAAACAUACGCUGAUGGAGGUACUUUCCAGGGUCAGUUCACUGGCGGGAUGCGGCACGGCUACGGGGUCCGUCAGAGCGUCCCGUAUGGCAUGGCAGCAGUUGUCCGCUCCCCUCUUCGUACCUCCCUGACCUCCCUUCGCAGCGAGCACAGCAACGGCACCGUGCUACAGCAAGACAUCCCCGUCAUCACCACCACUAACGCCUCAGGUGAGGAGACACCCGUCGCCACCCCCACCCAGCUGGGACCGUCCCGCGGAGGCUUCGCCCUCACUCUCCAGGUGGACCCAGAGGCCGUGAAACCCAAGAAGAAGGGCCUGUUUCGCAGGGGCUCCCUGCUGGGGAAGCUGAAGAAGUCUGACUCAAGUACCUCGCUGUCCAGCCAGAAGAGCAAGAUCAGCUUCCUGAGGACCGAAUCAGCUCUCAGCUCCAACGCCAGCGACACCAACUCCACCAUCAGCAUCGGGGAUGAGAGCCUAGCCGGAGCCGAGGAUUUCCCCCCAGUGGAGGCCGACAUCGACGCCACCACAACAGAGGUCUACAUGGGCGAGUGGAAGAACGACAAACGCUCGGGAUAUGGAAUAAGCGAAAGAUCCAGCGGGCUGAAGUACGAGGGCGAGUGGCUGAACAACCAGAGACACGGCUACGGCUGCACCACCUUCGCCGAGGGAGGGAAGGAGGAGGGAAAGUACAUGAACAACUUGCUGGUGAAGGCCAUGAAGAAGAGGGUGAUCCAGCUGAAGGGAACCAAGAUCAAGCAUAAGGUGGAGCGGGCGGUGGAGGGCGCUCAGAGGGCCGCAGCCAUCGGCAAGCAGAAGGCAGAAAUCGCUGCUUCCAGGACGACCCAUGCAAAGGCCAAGUCAGAUGCAGCUGAACAGGCCGCCCAGGCCUCCAACAGUGAGUCCAGCAUCGCCAGACUGGUGGCCAAAGAGCUCUCCCCGUCCUUCUACCAGCCAGGUCCUGAGUAUCUGAAGAAACGAGUGUUGCAGGAGGUCGCGGAGGGCAGUGAGAACACAGACAUUGUCAUGCAUGAGCCGCUGCUGGCUGAGGAGGAGCCCCUGCCCACUCCACCCGAAAGCCCACUCAUGAAUGAACUGGACGGCCUCAUGCCUGGCUCAUCCCCAGGCCGCACACCCUCCCCCAGCCCAGGCAUCAUCAGCAAGGAGGACCCCAAACUCCUCAGUCCAGGAAGCUGGAACGAAGACAAAACCAGUAAAGGUGGAGGCAGUAAGGGCAGCAGUAAAACCAACAGCAGGCCCAACAGUCGCCCCACCACCCCUUCAACCUCUGUUUCUGGUCCCGCCCCGACCGCACCUGAGGGUGGAGGAGCCCCCAGCAGUCGUGGCCCCUCUCGCACCCCCAGCCGCCAGAGCAACAAGAACGAGCAGGGCUCUGACCUGGAGAUCAAGCCCCUGCAGAAGUUUGACUCCGAGGCAAAAGCUCCAGACGUCGCUGCUGCUGCUGCUGCCCCUGUAAGGAAUAGCCUCAUCGCUCCAGAUGAAGAAGAAGCACCGCGCCCCACCUCCAGAGUGCCCUCGAAAGCGUCCCUAAAGGCUGUCACCCCCGAGCCUAAACCUGCCGAGGUCAAAACUGAAAGAGCUCCAUCGGUCCACGAACGAGUGCCGUCCGUCUCUGAGAACAAAGUGGAGUCCAGGGAGGUGAGCAGGCCCUCCAGCAAGGCAGAGACAAAGCCUUUAUCAAAACGGCAACCCAGCCCAGCUCCGUCCCCAAGACCUGCUCCCAAUCUUGAACCUAAGACAGUACCAAAGCAAGUGGAAGCCAAAGCCAUUGUUGCCAAACCAGCCCCAAAGGUGGAUCCCAAAGCAGAAGCCAGACUCAAGGCCGUUGUGUCGAGCCCAAGCAGUGAGGUAACGGCAGAGUCUUUGGAGCUGGAGGGCCCAAACACCAUAAUGAUCUGCAUGGUUAUCCUGCUCAACAUCGGCCUGGCUAUUCUCUUCGUACACAUUUUGUCAUGAGACAUCGUCCACCUCCUCAGGUCACCAGCUGUGUUGGAGAGAGACGGCCUGCCUCCUCCUCAGUUUGGACCCGAGAUCAAAGCGACCGCUGAGGAUUUAAAGAAGCCUCGUUCAGACAGCCGCAGCUCCUCUAAAGGUUUUUGUUGGUGUGACUGUGUGAGGCUCUGUGAAGCUCCUCUCUUCCCAGAGGUUUGACAAAACUGAAGGACACUGAGUGACUGAAACAAUUCAGUACAUCUGAAUUUGAGGAUGUUUGUAUGUUAAAGUCGGGGCGGGGGUGGGUGGGGCUGGAGGGUAGAGUAUGUUCUCGGUGCUUACACUGGAGAUUCAGGGUGGCGCUCAAGAAGUCUCAGUUCAACUUCAAUCACAGUGUGUCACAAGUGUGUCGACAUUUUACAAAAAAAAAAAAGGCUUUUUAACUCAACCGUUAACUGGCACACGCUGGCUGGCUCGCACAACACCGAAUCAGGCAGAUUUAGACAACUUCAGUAGAUAAUUAUGUUUUUGUCACGAAAUACGUUUGUUUGUAUUAUGUAAUCGCCGGCUGAAGGAAUGUUGAUAACAUAUGCAGACUGAAUUUUCUCUCCACUUUACCUUAAACUUGAUCGUUGAGACACAAAGACAACUGCAGCAGACGUGUGAAAGAUUAGGGAGUGCUGAACUGUAACUGUUGUUGUUUUAAUUAUCUGCAAUGGGAUUAAAAAAGAUUCAUUAGUUGGAGUCUGAAAUGUGUGCGUUGGUCGUAUCAGAUACUGUAAUCCAAUGCUACUUUAAAGCCAGGUUAUUGUUUUCAUCUUGAUGCUCUUCACUCUCUUAAGAAAAGACUCAUGACUCACAUUUCAGCUAAUUAUUGCGCCCUGCAAAAAUCUGUAUUUGAGACUGUGGUGUACUUACACUGUGAAAUUUUCUAUUUUCACUGGGAUUUAUAUGCAUUUAUUGUCAUUCUGCUGCUUUUGUUUGGGAGCUGAUAAACCAAAUAAUGAAGAAAAAUAGGAAGCUUAUGAGUGUCACUGCUGUUGUGUAUGUACUGUAUGUCCCUGUGGUGUUUGUCAUACCCAGGGGGUGGGGGGUGGGGGUUAAAUGAGAGUUGUGUAUGUUUUGCAAUAGGAUAAGCAGGUAAAAACCGGAUGCUGGGAUUUAUCUUAUUUAAAACAAUCACUGUACGUAGUAGGAAGGUUGCUCAAUCUCCAGAUGUAAAUCGAUACAGCAGGAGGUUGGCUUGGGAUGUGUUUGCCUGUGAGCUAGUGUAACCUUCAUGGUUUCAUGUAUGUUUCAGUGUUCACACUGUUCCACCAUAUUAUAUUCAGGGCCUGUUGUGCUUUAGAGCCAAAUGCGAGUUCAACUUUUGUACGCAUGAGGGCACUUUGCGUGUCUGUAUUUUUGUACCGUUUUGAAGUGCACAUCUUUUCAGCAAUCAAAAUAUUCUGUCGUAGGAUUUUCUUUUUUUCUUUUUUGUCAGAGGAAAUAUGCAAACCCUAAAUUUAUUUAUUUCCCAAAGGAGUCGGAUUACCUCGUGAUUGUGAGAUGGAGAAAAAAUAUAGAAAGGUUCUUAACUCCAUGUCUUACAUUGAGAAGAGCACUCUCCAGAUGUGCUGUGUAAUAUUUCUCCAUUGUUCUUCUAGCCGUUAAUUAAUACACAGGUUUUAAAAAGAACAAAGGAGGGUGUUUAGCUGAAAUUGUUUUGCCUUUGAGUUUGCAAAUUAACCCAGAGGCCACUGGUUGUGCAUUGAUUUCAAGCCAAAAUCUCCCCCAGAUAGUUUAUGAAUACAUGAAUCAAUAACAGAAGAGACACACUAACAGUUGGACUCAAUGCUAAGUGCAAUAAACAGUAUCCAUAUAGGCCAGUUUCAUGUAGAAGCCAUUUUGUUUUGUCUGUUUUUAGUGUGUUUAAUGAAAUCAAAAUAACAUUGCAGAAUUUGAAGAAAUGCAAUUGUGUAACCAAACUUGGUCAAAAUUACAAAAGCUGAAAUUAAAUAAAAACUUUUACAACA